UGUAUCAUCACAUGACCAGAUCUCACCUCCGCCGCACAUUAUCUUGCCCCUACUACCUUAUACAAAUAUACCUUACAAACAUACAACCACACAACCCUGCCCUCAUAGCACUUCUGUGUUUUAUAUUUUGCCGGAAUACAAUCACGCGAGUCUCGCCGUGCCUUUCUUUUUUGGCUGUCGCUCAAGGUGUUCGCGUGUUUCGCCAUGCAGCCAUAUCAUGGCUCUGAAGUGCCGCCUGGCGUAGAAUGCGCUGGGAGUCCUUCCUCCCAGUCAUCUACAAAUUCAACCCAGGUCGAAAUGCCAUCCUCCCGUGCUAUCAUUGCCGACGGCUGCGGAACAGAAGACAUUGCUGAAGUAUCGAGAGCCUUACUAGCGGCCUCCUCUAGCGGGCUUCAAAAAUAUCAACAGCUCCUCUAUCUGAGCCUGACCAGAGCAGUCUACCGCGGUCAAGCUGACGUGGUGCGGUACCUGAUUGAGCAGAAAGGCGCCCCUCUGGACUCACUUUUUCCACUAAAAGUAGCAUCUUCUCCAUCGAUAGAGCUGUUCCAGGUCCUCGUCGACAACGGCUGGGAUAUCAAUCGCAGCGGUGCAGGGCGGGGCAAACGUCUCUUGCAACUAGUCUGCCACGACGAGUCCCUUGUGCGCUGGUGUCUCGACCACGGCGCCUCUGUGGAUGGCCUACACGUCGACCCGUACAUAAGCCCACCGCUUCUAGAGACUGUUGCUAGUAAUGGCACGGUCCCCAUCUUCACCCUCCUGCACUCCCGAGGGGCUCAGCUCGGCCCUCGCACCUUGCAUUGCGCUGUUGCGAGCGCAAGCUCAAGCAGCCUGGAAUGCCUGCCUACUCGAAUGGCCAUGGUGGAGUACCUAGUGGACAAUCUCGGUCUUGAUGUGAACGCUUUAGAUACCGAUGGCCAACUGCCUAAUCACUGGGGGACCCCACUCUGCUAUGCAGCCAAAUACCAACGAGGUAGUAAGGAGGUGGUGCGUUUCUUACUCAGUCGAGGUGCUGACCCGUCAAUCAAAGACUGUUGGGGGAUCCACGAUGCCUUCAGCUUUGCGGAAUUUACCAAGAAUUUUACAGUCCUUGAGGCGUUGCGUGAGUGGAGGGUGCAGAAUUAAGGAGAAUAGCCUUGGGUAAACUUGCGACGAUUACUCGAGAGAAAGCGGCGAACAAUUACACGGUAAACACCAACGCUCCCGUCUGACUGGAUUCGGCUCUGAGCACUCUUCAGCACAGAAAUCCAGGUUCCCAGCCCGCACCCCGGAGACCCGGGGUUGUAUCAGAUCUGAGCUGAAAUCUUGGCGAGUUAUGUUUGCCAGCACAGCUGGCUCUGCAGUAGGCUGUGCUGCUGUGUAACUUUCUACCGAGAAGGGACGGUCACAGGAGUCAGGACGGUCAUUUUAUAGAAGACGGUCCGAAUAAAAUACUAGGCUUUUUAUAUAGAUAUGCUCCCAAGGAGCUGACAAUAGUCACAGUAUGAUCAACUAGGGGAUACUGUCACAGCACUGUCUAAAUGCCUGAUAGGCUGCCUUCAAGGUACUGGCAAAUCGGCUAACCAGAGUUAGAGGAAAUACUCUUGUUUUUCG